GGAACGCUGCGGAGGUGGAAUUAUGCUUCGGAACUACUUACCAACGCAUAUUGACGAAUGUCGCUCUCAAUUUCUCUUUCUCCAAGAAUUCAGACCACCGCAUAGCGACCUCGGAUCUCUAAAAUGCCUAAGAAAGUGAGAAGGGUGGCUGUUAUUGGGGCCGGUCCGGCUGGGGCCAUCGCAACGGACGCUCUGGUGAAGGAACAGGCGUUUGAUGUUGUACGCGUCUUCGAACGGCGCGACCUGGCUGGAGGAACCUGGGUCUUUACUCCAGAACUGCCGCCCCGAAUCCCGUCCUUGCGCGCCUUAGUCGAACAACGUGCAAAUGCCUCCAUCGAGAUCCCUGGAGGCUUUCCUGCAGAGACGCCGAGAUCUGAAAAGAAUAACUCUCACCAAUUCCGAUACUCAGACACUGGUGUUCAUGAGACGCUGCACAGCAAUAUCACACCUGCAGUCAUGGCGUUUACGCAAGAGCCAAUACCCCAGAUCUUGUCCGACCGGACCCUGGCGCAAUAUGGCCCAGGCGCCCCAUUCAGACAUCGAGAACUUAUUAGAGAAUGGGUGGAAGGAAUCUUUACUCGUGGGGGCCACGAUAAGUUGGUCGAGUUCAGCACCACGGUUGAGCUUGCCGAAAAGAAAGGGGACCAGUGGGUUCUCACGCUGCGAAAGGUGGUGCCGGGAAAGUCAAAGGACUACUGGUGGCAAGAAAGCUUUGAUGCGGUGAUUGCGGCAUCAGGUCAUUUCUACUUGCCUUACAUCCCCGAUAUCCCUGGUCUUGUCGAAUUCGAUGAAAAGUUCCCCGGCAGAAUUAAGCACAGCAAGCAUUUCCGUGACCCUGAAGAGUUCCGGGACAAGAAAGUCAUUAUUGUCGGAGGCUCUGUUUCUGCAUUUGAUGCGCUACACGACAUUCGACUGGUCUCUCAAAAGCCAGUCAUUGCAUCUCUCAGAGAACCACUGGCCGCAUUCGGGUGGGCGCCUUUCACCCACCCCGAUAUUGCCAUCAAGCCACAGCUCAUCAAUUUCUGUCCUAAAAGUGGACAUAUCACGUUUAGUGACGGAAGUAGCGUGGAUGGUGUCGAUGCCGUCGUCUUUGCGACGGGUUAUGACUUUAGCUUCCCAUUUUUGCCCAAGCAGAAGGUGGAGAACAGGCGAGUUCCUGGACUUUACCAGCAUGUCUUCAACACCAAUGAUCCCACCCUUGCAUUCGUUGGAAUGGUAACUGGCGGCUUUACUUUUCGCGUCUUCGAGUGGCAGGCCGUCGCAGCAGCACGAGUCUUUGCGGGCCGCGCGAAGUUGCCCCCUCGACUUGAGCAGGAAAAGUGGGAAAAGGACAGGUUGGCGUACAAAGGCGACGGCGUUCCCUUCUUCACUCUGGCACCCGACUUUGAGCAAUACUUUGAGGCAUUGCGGGCAAUCGCCGGUGAGCCUGCGCAGGGGACUACAGGCAGAGUUUUGCCAAAGUUCGACCCAAAGUGGCUCGAAGCGUUCUCAGAGGUUCUCGACGCCAGAAUUGAGUGGUGGAAGAAAGAGACUAAGAAGGCUGAAGAUCAAUUGAAGCUUGCGUUCAAGUCGAAGCUGUAG